GAUUGAGGUACCAAACGUGCCAGAGGUGCACGCUCGCCCGGUACACGCUCAAACGCUCACGCUGCUGGACCGCUUCAGCAGGAGACCUCCUGAGCGGCAGCCGGCAGGAGUCCGACGAGGUCAUCGACCAGGUGACCAGGGUGGCGGCCGUGGGGCGCACGCUGCUCGGGAGGAACACCCUGGAGGCCGAGAUGCUGCUCCAAAUUGGCUUCAGCGUGUCCGACAUUUUGCGGGCCCGGGGCUUCGUGCGGGCCGAGAGGAGUGCGUCGACCUCUUCGGACCCCGGCACGUCUGCCUCGUCGUCGGCGGGCGAAGAGCCGGCAGCGGCCAGCGGCCGCCGGGCCGAAGAGGAGCCCCUCCGAGGCUCGGGCGCGGCGGCGGCCCGGGCCGGCCGCGGUCCGCUGGAGACUGCCCGGGCCAGCCGCGGGCGGCCGAGGCGGGGCAGCCCCGAGGCGGCGCCGGCGUCGGCGCGGCGCCCGCAGGCAGCCGCUGCCCGCCAGCAGCCGCCG